AUGCGCCUCGUCUCCCGCAUCUCGGCCCGAAUCUUCCACAGCGCCGCCUCGGCCGACAACGACCACUGGCUAGACAUCGCCAGUGAACAUGUACACUCGGCCGUCGUAUGGACCGAGAACCUGAAGAAGUGGCCCGCCAUGCUCCGUCCCCUCGUUUACCGAUUCGUCAAGGGUAGAGGGUACAUGAUGCAGCGCUUCGAAGAAGGCAAGGCCCUGGUGGCUCAGACGCUAGAAAACAAAAAGGCAAAUGGGGGCAAGCCUCUGAGCGACCCUCAGUCGCUUCUAGAUUAUCUCUACGAGAGCGGUCUAGGCCCUGAUGAUGUCGAGGCGCAUACCAUUGCCCAGAUUAACCUGUGCGUGGCUGCCAUUCAGUCCAUGGCUGCGACGGUGACUCAGUGUCUCAUGGAUCUUGCCACGCAUCCCGAGUAUGCACCAGAGCUCAUUGAAGAGAUAAAAACAGUGGUUGAGAAGAACAAUGGUGUGGUGGAUAAGCGGGUACUGACUGAGUUGUGGAAGCUGGACAGCUUCAUCAAGGAGACUCAACGGUUGAACCCUCCCGACCUGACCAGCUUUCAGCGAAAAGCUCUCUCGGACAUGACCUUGUCCAACGGCCUUCGCAUCCCUAAAGGCGCCCGCAUUGUCCUUCCAACGGGAGCGAUCAACAUGGACCGGGAGUUUUUCGAGGACCCCCAGACCUUUGAUGGCUUCCGAUACUACAGGAUCCGAACUGCUAAUGAGGCGGCCCGGAACACAAACCAGAUGGUCACUGUCGGCAAGAAGGACUUGACGUGGGGGUACGGCAAACAUGCCUGCCCCGGUCGGUACAUUGCCGAGGUGGCCAUGAAGCUGCUCGUGGUCGAGUUUCUCAUGCGCUAUGACAUUCGGCUGCCGGAGAAUGUGAAGGAGAGGCCGAAGAAUAUUGAGUUUGAGGGCUUGGUAUGCUGCUUCCAUCCUUGA